UUGCUGGCUGUCCGGGCCGCCGGGCGAGGCCGCCCCGGGGCGGAGGUCACUGGUCCUCCGUUUGGAGGCUGAUGGCGGGGGAUGUUACUCAGAGCAGUAAACUGCGGAGAGACUGCAGAUCAGGCCUUUGUUACACUGACCACAAAUGAUUCCUACACCAAAGGAGCUCUGGUGCUGGCCUUGUCUCUGAAACAGCACAGGACCACCAGGAGGCUGGCGGUGCUCGCUACUCCGCAGGUCUCGGACUCAAUGAGGAAAGUUUUAGAGACAGUCUUCGAUGAAGUAAUCAUGGUAGAUGUUUUGGACAGUGGCGAUUCUGCUCAUCUGACCUUAAUGAAGAGGCCUGAAUUGGGUGUUACCUUAACUAAGCUCCACUGCUGGUCACUUACACAGUAUUCAAAAUGUGUGUUCAUGGAUGCAGAUACUCUGGUCCUAGCAAAUAUUGAUGAUCUUUUUGAGAGAGAAGAAUUGUCGGCGGCUCCAGACCCCGGGUGGCCUGACUGUUUCAAUUCUGGAGUUUUUGUGUAUCAGCCCUCAGUGGAAACAUACAGCCAGCUGCUGCGUGUUGCUUCCGAGCAAGGUAGUUUUGAUGGUGGGGACCAGGGUUUACUGAACAUGUUUUUUAGCAGCUGGGCAACAACAGAUAUCAGAAAACACCUGCCAUUUAUUUAUAACCUAAGCAGCAUUUCUAUAUACUCCUACCUCCCAGCAUUUAAAGCGUUUGGUGCAAAUGCCAAAGUUGUGCAUUUCCUGGGACGAAUCAAACCGUGGAAUUACACCUAUGAUCCUAAAACAAAAAGUGUCAAAAGUGAGUCCCAUGAUCCCACCAUGACUCACCCUGAGUUCCUCAGCCUCUGGUGGGACAUCUUCACCACCAGCGUUUCACCUCUGCUGCAGCAGUUUGGCCUCAUCUCAGACACCCACCCACAACUCAAUGUGGAAGAUGUCUCCGGAGCUGUGUCACAUUUGUCCCUUGGGGAGACCCCGGCUACAGCACAGCCUUUUGUAUCCUCAGAAGAACGGAAGGAGAGGUGGGAACAGGGCCAGGCUGAUUACAUGGGAGCAGAUUCCUUUGACAACAUCAAGAGGAAACUUGAUAUAUGUGGUAAGGGAAACUCAAACUAUUAA